AUGGCUGAAAUCCAAACGUCCACCUACAAAAUCCGCUACGCAACCCAACAGGACGUCCCGGUGAUCCUCCAGCUUAUCCAGGAACUCGCUUCCUACGAGAAAGCCCUCCACGAGGUCCUUGCGACCGAAGAAUCCCUCCUCUCCUCGCUCUCGUUCCCCGUCGACCCCACAGACCUGGCCAAAGGCUUCACAGAAGGCUACGCCAAAACCCUCCUUAUUAGUCCCGUACCCUCGUCAAACGUCAAGGAAGAGAUCGCGGGCCUGGCGCUGUACUUCCACAACUACAGUACAUGGCAGUCCCGGCCCGGGAUAUUCCUGGAGGAUCUCUUUGUUCGGCCACCAUAUCGAGGUACAGGUUUUGGAACGGCGUUGAUCCAGGCGCUGGCACGGGAAUGUCAACGAUUGAAUUGCAAGAGGUUAGAAUGGAAUGUAUUGAAGUGGAAUACGCCGAGUAUCGACUUCUACCAGGGUCCGAGUAUAGGUGCGCAAAGAAUGGAGGAGUGGGUUGGCAUGAGGGUUGAGGGGGAGGCACUUCAGAAAUUAGCACGCAAGAGAUGA